GUUUCCGUUUUCAACAUGGACACAGCUCGAGUGAGGCGGUGAGGAUAUAAAGGAAGUGUGUAGACUGGGAGAGAUUCAAAGGCAGACUGCUUGUAACAUAACAAUCCUCUGCAGUCAUGUCUGUUGAUGCCGCCAUGAAAGGUUUAGCCGUUGUGGCAGUCCGCGGCCCCGGCGAUGGCAUGGAGACGGACAAACCGGUGAUGGCCCCUGAGAUCUCUGCAGAGUCCCCGCUCUUGAAGAUCGCCACUCCAAAGCUCAGUCCUAGGGCUGCUGUCACAUCACAGCAGUCACCGGGGGUUUUACACCUGGGGAAGGUGAGCAGAGAUGCAUGCAUAGAGGUGGAGGCUGUGAGGAUCAUGGUUCCCCGGUCCGCUAUCACCCGCAGCGCACGUACAGGGCUCCACACUGAGGGUAAGGGUGAUGAGAAAGGGUCACCUCAGCAUGGGGAUGAGCGCCCACCUUCACCCUCUCCUGAACCCCUGGAUUACAGGAAUGUGCUGGAGAAAUUGCAGAACUCGGAACGGCGUCUGCUGCAAGAUAAAGAGGGACUCUCAAACCAGCUGCGCGUGCAGACAGAGGUCAACAGAGAGCUGAAGAAGCUGCUGGUGGCAUCAGUUGGUGAUGAUCUCCAGUAUCACUUUGAGCGACUCGCACGAGAAAAAAACCAGCUGAUCCUGGAAAACGAGGCUCUAGGACGAAACCUUGCGCACACCGCCGAGCAGCUGGAGCGCAUGAGCAUUCAGUGUGAUGUCUGGAGGAGCAAAUUCCUCGCCAGCAGGGUGAUGGCAGAGGAACUGACCAAUGCUAGAGCAGCUCUACAUCGUCAGACCAGAGACGCUCAAUGUGCCAUUCAAGAUCUACUGAGAGAGAGAGAUGAGUUCUCCAGAGAUAUGAUGCACACACACAGGUCUCUGGAGCAGCUUCUGGUCUCGUUGCAGUGGGGCCGACAGCAGACGUAUUAUCCCAGUGCACAGCCGCUUAGCACUGGAGAACUCGCGGCAGCCAAUCACAAACUCGCUGAUGCCAUCAACUCCCAUCUUUUGGGCAAUGUGAGCGGCACUAGUGUAAAGAAAACACAGAAUUCAGAACUCUGCAACACACCAGCUGAGAAGAUGGCAGAGAAGGUCCUCAGGAGUCUGGACCCUAUAUCCUGCUCUGAAAAGGAAGGUGACGCAUCCACAUCUGACCCGGUACCUUCUCCGUUCUUGCCCAAUAAGAAAAGCAUUGGCCGAUUUCACCCGUACACCCGCUAUGAGAACAUCACCUUCAACUGCUGUGAACGCUGUAAUGGAGAACUCAUUGUGCUAUAGAUCAGAUGUACUGCGGGUCAAAUUAUAUUAUAAAUGGUCAGAACAACUCAUAGAUCAACAUUAUAUUCUGUUUGACUGACACUCAAAGUUCAUAUUUUUACUUUUACAUUCAGUCUGAGAAUUUCUAAACUAAAGCAUUUGUUUGUUUUAUAGUUACUGAUCAAAGGUAUGAUGGAAAAUGGAUUUUACAAUAUGCUCCAUAAUAUUAGAGUACUGAAACCAUUAUCAUUCAGUAUUAUUUGUUGCAUUCUGAGUACUAUCUGCUAAUUAUCUUUUCAUUAGAUCAAAUCUUAUGAACCACAUGAUGUCUUAGUUUUAUGACCUAUUUUCACCAUAAUACCAAAGAAAACACCCAGUAACACCUCAUUCACACACCCGGUGCACCUGUGGAGCUUUGAAUGACAAGAGAUAAUGUUUUAUAAGUUACUGUCUCUUCAACUCAUUUGAUCCAUUUACAUGAAUAAUUUGCUCACCCUCAUGGCAUCCCAGAUGUUUACAACUUUCUUUCCUCUGUAGAACACAAAUUAAGAUAUUUAGAAGAAUAUUUCAGCUCUGCUAAUCCAUACAAUGCAAGUGAAUGGUGGCCAGAAAUUUGAAGGUCUAAGAUUCACAUAAAGGCAGCAUAAAAGUAAUCCAUAUGUCUCUAGUGGUUAAGUCCUUGUCUUCUGAAGUGUUAUAAUAGGUGAGCGUGAGAAACAAAUAAAUAUUUAAGUCAUUUUUAACUGUAAUUCUCCUCCCUGCCCAGUAGGUUGUGAUAUGCAUGAAUAUAGUUGCUUCUGAAGACAUGGAUUUAACCACUGGAGUCGUAUGGAUUACUUUUAUGUUGCCUUUAUGUACUUUCUGGAGCUUCAAAGUUUUGGACACGUCCACUUGCAUUGUAUGGAUCAACAGAGCUGAAACAUUCUUCUAAAAAUCUUAAUUUGUCUUCUGCAGAAGAAAGUUGUAAACAUCCGGGAUGCCAUGAGGGUGAGUAAAUGAGAAUGACAAGUGUUAUAAAUGGAUGGCAACUCUUUUUAUUAAUGACACUGAAAAAAAUAUUUGAGAAUUUUAGAUCAGAGCAAUUUAGCUGGAAAGAUUUAGUUACCCCAAAAUUAAAUUUCUGUCAUUUUCUCACCCUAAUUUAGUUCCAAACCAGACUUCCUUUUUUUUCAUGAAACACUAAAGGAGAUGUUUAGCAGAAUGUUCAAGUUGCUCUUUGCAAUACAAUGAAAGCAGACCAUGUCUAGAGAUUGCCAAGCUCAUAAAAGGACAUAAUUUAAGUAUCAUUAAAGUAGUCCAUAUGAUUUGUCUGUGGGGUUGACCUAAAUUUGAGUCAUUAAACACUGAAAGCCUUACUCUUGUUUGGAAAAAAGCAGCGUGAACAUUCUGCUGAACAUUUCCUUUUGUGUUCCACAGUAGCAAUUACAGUCAUACGAGUUUAAAACGACAUGAAUUGUAAGUGCUGUUGAAUUACCUUGUGACUGCUGAUUCAGUCUUGUAGAAUUUAAAGCAUGUAGAUUUAAUAUUGGAAAGAUGCGGAGACUGUUUAUCUUCAUAUAUCUGUUAUGCUUAUUGCUUUUGUUUUGUACAAAUUUGACUUAUGAGCUUGUUUAUCUGACUAUGCCAUAGGAAGUAUUUAUUUUGUAUUGUUUGGAAGCAUUGUUUCGGGUUAAUUAUUCUCACUCAUUGAGUGAACAUGGAUGAUGCAGUGAAUUCAAUUGCACAGUGUUGUGGAUGUGUGUAUGUUCGCAGUUGCCCUGUAGUUGCAGUUUAACAUGUUUGAUACUUCAAGCAUCUCAUCAGCUGAACUUUUUCUUUCUGUAUUUUAUGAGGCAAUAAUUUUGUUUUUGUUUUUUUUUUCUGCAAAUUAAAGUGUAAAAUCUUUUUUUAAAGCAUUAGUAAUAUUUUCUCUAAAAUAUUCUUUUCAAAUGACCAAAAUAAAUUUUCCAGAGUCAAACGGAUUUGUUUUUCAUGUAUUUUCCCUCUCAUACUAA